AUGUGCAGCAAACCGACCCUGGCCUACUGGAACGUACGCGGUAUUGCUCAACACAUACGACUACUACUGGCCUACUCUGGCGUAGAGUUCAAUGACAAACGUUACGAGUUCGAGCACCGGGAGGCAUGGCUAUCGGACAAGGCUAACCUGGGUAUGGACUUCCCUAACCUUCCCUACUAUAUCGACGGCAAAAUCAAAAUCAGCCAAUCGUUAGCUAUAUUGAAAUACUUGGCCCGAAAGCACGGCCUCUCAGCCCGUACUGACCCGGAGCUCGUCCUACAAGAAGUGGCUGAACAACAGGUGGAGGACAUGAGAUUGCGGUUCCUGUUUGGCGUCGUUAUGAGCGACCCGGUUGCUAAUAAAGAGGGUUAUUGUGCCGGUGUAUUGGACCCACAGUUGGAUGAGCUGGUUAAGUUCUUAGGUGGCAAACAAUGGCUGACAGGGAGGUUGUCUUACGUAGACUUCAUGGCCUAUGAGAUACUCGACUGGUUUAGACUCUUUUCACCAGAAACAGUGGCUAAGUAUUCGGCAAUCGGGGAGUAUUUGACACGGUUUGAGGCAUUGCCUACCAUUAAAAAGUACCAGGCUUCAUCACAAUUCAUACGAUGGCCAUUGACUGGAAAUCUAGCCAAAUGGGGCAAUAAAUAG